AUGGAGGCAGCAUUUCACAAGUUCAAGAACCGAGCCGACGAGAAAGAAAAGGCCAAGGGCAGCGCCCAGCGCGGGCUCGGCUGCGCGCCACCCCCGCCAGCGCCCGGCCAGCGCCCGGCAGCCGGACGCCCGCGGACCCCGCGCCAGGCUGGGCGCGCUCACGGAAAAGGGCUCUUCGCUGCACCCGGGAAACGAGCUCGACGGAAGACGGAGGCGGGAGUGGAACUCGGGAGGGAGCGCCUUCCCCAGAGGGACGCCGAGGGCGACCCCGCGCACAGCCGGGCGCCGCGCGAGGCCGGAGCUCGCGGGGUUCCAGGACCACCCGCCGGCCAGGCCUCGCCAUUGACCCCGGAGCCACCGAGAGAGGCGGCCUCCGCAGCGCCUAGAGAGGCCGCACCGCGUCCGGGCCGCCCACGGGGCGGGUCCUCGGGCCUCCGCGCGGCCGGUCCCCGCCCCGCUGCCGCCGGGCGUCACCCCGCCGAGGCGGGGCCUGGCGCGGGCUGGCGAGGGUCUUCGUGGGCGGCGGUGGCCGCCUCCCCGUGCCCCUGCGCCGGCGUGUGCGCCCCUCGGGGGGCGGCGGGCGGUCCGGGGCGGCCGGUAUGGAGGGCCAGCGAGAGCGGGAGGAAGGGGUGGUCGUCGCCGCGUCCGCCGCCCCCGCCGGCUCCCCCAGGGCGGCACGUCGGCCGGGGCUCGGGAAGAGCUCGGCAGGGCGGGGGGCCGGCGGGCUGGUCUGGGGCGAGGCCCGAGGCUGGAGGCGGGGGCGGGUGGGCAGCAGGCGCCGGCUCGGGGGCGGAGAGCGCGCUCAGCUGCCCACGGGGUCGCGGCCAGCACCCCCCGCCCCGGGGAACAGGGCCCCGCUGCCGCGGGACGGAAGCCCAGCGUCAGGUCGUCCGAGUCGGCGCCGACACCCACAUCAUCAAGGAAAACAAAGCCUUUUCAGUGUGUCCUCAGAGGCUGCAGCUCACGACCACAGGUCCCAGCUUGUCCUUGGCCUCCUGUCUUGCUCCAGCAUCAGACCACCUCUUCUGGGAACUGACCCAUAGAUCUGACUGCGCUUGGGAAACGACUCCUGUGAGCCCCAUCGGGGUCCUUUGCUGGAUGGCAGGAGGGUGUGAGGAGACCGGGCCCUCAGCUGUCCACACAUGUUGUCCAGGAGGAGGUGACUCCCUAACUCUCCAGGCUUCCAGUCUCCCGGAUUUCCUUUAUCUGCAGCAGGCAAAGCAGAGGUUUUUCCCUUUUAGCUUCUUAUUCUCGAACAUUUCAAAGACACACAAAGGCUGUGCUCACUGCCAUCUUGGCUCAGGUCACCCGUGGGCUCUGAUUACAGGACAGGAUCUGCUACAAAGCCAUGAAGACCAGGGUCAGAAAGCACUUGGCACCCCCAACCCUGACCCCCACAACUCGACCCCAGGCCGGGAUAGAGGCAGAUUGGAAGACCCUUCCCCAGCUUCUACUCACCAGAGCAUGUGGGAUCUUCCUGGAGCUGGGAUCGAACCCGUGACCUCUGCAUUGGUAGGCGGAUUCUUAACCACUGCGCCACCUAGGAAGCCCCUAAAGUUGUAUUUUUUGAAUUUCGAUAUAAUUUUGUUUUAUGAUUAUGGAAAACUUACAUGGUUCCAAAGUCAAGUUUACAAAACAAAGUACAUUCAGAGGUCUUGCUCCUCUCCCUGUUCCCACUGACCUUGUACCGUCACAAGGUCAGUAGCCGUUUAUUAGUAGCCAUUUAUCGAUGCUAUAGUUUCUCCCUCCAUUUCGAAAACUCUGAGUGAACCUCAAUGAACAGUAGUUCUGCCCCAACUGCCCUGCAUUUUGGCGUUUUUCCCUUCACGGUCCUGGCGAUCUCUCCUCUGCAGAGUCUAGGGAUGUCCCUUUCUCCUCUCAGCAGCUGUAGUCGCCUCUGUUGUGAAUAUGCAUAGUGUAUUCAGCCAGUCUGCUAUGACUGGACAUCUGUUGCCAUUUAAAUUAGUGCUAUAAUGAGUAGCUUUAUAUAGGUCUGUUCAUAGUUUUGCAAGUUUAAUUUCAGGGUAGAUUCUAGAAAUGGACAUUUGUAAUCUGUUUUUGCUGUAUGUUGCCCAGUUUCCUUCCACAGGGUUGUAGGAUCUUGCAUUUCCACUGGCGAUGUUUCCUCACAGCCUUGUGGACCAAGGGUGUUGUCAACUAUUUGGUAUUUUGCUAAUCUGAGAAGCAAGAAAUGGCAUCUUGGUGUGGUUUCCUUUCGCAUCUUUCUUGGGGGUGAAGUUGAGCAUCUUUUCAUAUGUUUAAGAGCCACUUUCACUUGCUUGUCUGUGAACUUGCUUGCUGGUCUCUUCCCUCUGAUUUUAGAAGCACUAUUAUGUUUUCUUUUUUCUUUUUAAGUUCCAGAUCAACCUUUUCACUGAAAUAUUACAAUCGCUAAAGGCGUCAUCAUCGUCAUUACCAUUAUAAUAAUCAUCUAAAGACACAGGUGUAAGAUAUUAUACCAAACAUAAAUCAUGUUUUAGGAAACAAUAAUCUUUCCCUACAUAAGCAUAUAUGCAACAAAACUUUCUGAAUUGUGCACCCAAGUGCAAACCAUUCUAAUAUAAUAUCAUUCAUUUAUGUUGUAUUUUAACUUUUUCUAUAAACUAAAUUAGAUUCUAAAAUACUGUUUAUUGAGUUCUGACCAUGUCUGAGGCACUUUGUAUGAAUUUUCUCGACAACAGUGAAAUUAGAGAAUAUUAUUUACAUAUAAUAUUAUCAACAGAAACUGAGCAUUAUGAAAUUUAACAAACUUGUCACAGAAAUUGUAAGUACUAGACCUAGAAUCACAUCCUACAUCUAACUAUGAAAUCUAAGAAGCACUAUUAUGUUAAUCCUUUGUAACAUAAAUUGCAGGUUUUUAAAAGCUCUGUUUUUAACACCAAAUUAUUUAAGAUUUAACAAGUUUUAAUACCAACUCAUUUAAGAUUAAAAAUUGGGGGGAAAAAAAGCCCAUACAGUCUUUUUUGAUGCAACCUGAAAAGUUACAAUAGGAAUCAAUUUGAGGGCUUCCCUGGUGGUGCAGUGGUUAAGAAUCCGCCUACCAAUGCAGGGGACAUGGGUUCUGGUCUGGGAAGAUCCCACAUGCUGCAGAACAGCCAAACCCAUGUGCCACAACUACUAAACCAGUGCUCUAGAGCCCGCGAGCCACAACUACUGAGCCCACACACCUAGAGCCCAUGUUCCACAACAAGAGAAGCCACCACAAUGAGAGGCCCAAGCACCGCAAUGAAGAGUAGCCCCCACUCUCCACAGCUAGAGAAGGUCCGUGCAUAGCAACAAAGACCCAGCAUAGCCAAUAAAUAAAAAAAUUAAAAAAAAUCAUUUUGAUGCCAGAGAGAUGGUUGUAAAGAGGAGACUUCAAAAUCACUUUUAACAUAUUCUCUAAACCGGAUUUCAUCAACUUUCAUCAUUCACUUCAUCCCCAACCUAAUUAAUGUGCACAGCUGAGGAUACUUAGAAACACCCUGUUCAGAGAAGAGAAAUGGAAAUUUCUUAGGGGGAAAUACACUAUAAGGCUACAUUGAUCUUUAAAAACAUUUGACUGCUGUGUCUUUUCUAAAGGUUUUAUUGUGGUAUAAAUUGCACAUAUUUAAUUGUUCACUUUGAUAUAAAUGUAUGCCUGUGAGACCAUCCCUGCAACUGAGAGACAAUGAACAUAUCCAUCAGCCCUAAACACAGGCCCUUUCCCAUCGCCUGCAAGGAAUCUACUGUCCCUUUAGCUCAGUUUGCAUUCUCUAGAGUCAUAUAUGUGGAGUCCUAGAGCAGUUAUUAUUUUGGGGGUGGGUGGGCCUGGCUUCUUUCACUCAGCAUAUUUAUUUUGAGAUUUUUUUUGGAUUGCUGCAUGUAUCAAUAGUUUGUCCCUUUGAGGGGGGGGGGGCAGCGUAGCAUUCCACUGUAAGAAUGUAUCACAAUGUAUUUACUCAUUUACCUGUAAUAGACAUUGGGUUGUUUCCAGGUUUUGGCUAUGGCAGCUAAAACUGUUGCAGAGGUUUUGAAGAGGAAAAUUAGAAACUUGCACUCAGCUAAAAAUAACUCCAUGUUCCCUCUGCUUUUGUAAAAUAUGCUUGCUGUGCCCCAGAAAACAAAAACAGGAUGACUUAGCAAUCAAAUGUAACCAUAGGAUGUUUUGCUAAAUAUGGAAUGUUUCACACCUGCUCUUGUAAGUUUCUGUUUGGAAACAUCUCUGCUCUGUAAACCAAGUAACCAAUCUACCAAUGCUAACUGCAAACAUGUGCACAGACUCCUAUAAAAGUAAAGCUCACUCUGAGCUCAGGGCCCAGAACAUUGGAGCGUUAGCUCGUCUGUGGCUGCUGGUUUAGUAAAUCUGAGUUCUCCAACCCUCCGGGUGUGUCGGACCGAUUUCUGCAACAUUUCAUUUAUGUGUCUUUGUCUGGACCUGUGUUUUCCUUCCUCUUGGGUAAAUAUCUAGAGGGGCAUGGCUGGGUGGCAUAACAGAUGUAUGUUUAACUUUCUAAGGACUUGCUGACCUCUUUUCAAAGUAUUUUUAACCACUUCAUAUGCCCCAGCAGAUGUGAUGUUUCUCCACACACUGCUCACAUUUGGUAUAGUCAGUUGUUUCCCAAAUCAGCCAUUCCAGUGGGUGCAGAGUGGUGUCUCUCCGUGGCUCUAAUUUGCAUCACUGUAAUGCUCAGCAUUGUUGGAUAGCUGUUCUUGUGCUUAUUUGCCGUCUCUAUAUAUUCUGUGGUGAAGUGUCUGUUCAGAUCUUUUGCCUGUUUUUUGUUGGGUUAUUUGUCUUCAAAUUGAGUUCUAGGGGUUCAAGUCUUUUUUUGGAUAUAUGUUUUGCAAAUACUUUCUCCCAGUUUAUGCUUUGCCUUUUCAUCUCAUUUAAUUUCAAGGAUCAAAUGUUUUAAAUUUUAACAAGGUCCUAUUCACUGAUUUCCUUCCUUGAAAUUUCCUGCCUUUUGUGUCCUA